GAAGCACUCGUAUUAAUGACGCCUACGUCACCACGCGAAUCAAGACGUAAUAAUACCCGACACUCUCCCGACGAAUUUUCUGUUCAAUUUUAAUCUGCGGUCAAACCAGGACCAGAUAAAAGAAUUCCGCUUUGAUAACUUCUUUUUUACGAAUCAGAAAAUUACCUAUUUUUUUCCCAUAAUGGGGUUUGUCUGGUGCUUUUGUGAAAAAGCGCAUGAUCCUUAUACAUCAUGCUACAUAAUCGAUUUAUUUGGAUAAAAAGAACUGCCGUCUAGUUAAAUUGUCAUAAGCAUCGAGAACCACUACGUGAUGAAUGCUAUUGAGAAAUUGAUGUUUAAAAUUGCGAGUAGAUAUAUUACUUAUUGAGGAUUUAAAGAAAAGAGGUUGGUGUGGCAUUUAAAGAUAUUUAAAGAGACAACAGAUAGUCAUUCACAGUCCUGAUCUGUGCACGGACUGUGAUUAUAUUUCYCACCUAAGAUUGAAGUGAAGUCGCCCAUCUUCAAGUUACUUGAAAAUACUUGUUCUGACGAUAUACAUUAGAAAAGAAGAGAGUUUGUGCAAGCCUACAUACACAUUAAGUUGUCAUUCAAGGAACGACGUCCCAAGAGAUAGGAAAUAUCGAAGACUGAAAAGGAAGGUACUUGUCUCACCUUUUCAUCAGUUCAAGACUUUAGUACACAAUUUUGUUAAAAGCUGUUUCUGAUGUUUUUUACUUGUUCAACGAAGGCAUUCCCAAUUUUUGAGUUGGUUGAAAAUAAAGUGUUUCAAAGAUAUUUUUAAGAAUUAAAGGGUUUGAAUACAGAUAAAGGUACAGUUCUUGCACAAGGACUUUUGGAACAAGUUUAUAAUAAUUGGAAGCACAAUAUUACUGGUAAAAAUCCAUCGUGAAAGGUAUUAUCACUUUGGUUUAGGCGCGUACGGUCCAAGCAACACAACAAGAGAGUGAGAUCAGUUCAUAUCGUACUGCAGUACUAGGAUUUGAACUCAACAUGAAUAAUGAUCAAAGCGCUAAUUUUACGAACGGUUCAGGAAACAAUACUUUUCCCUCGCCUCCAUCAGUAAAUCUAGCGCCAGUCAUAAUCCUUCACACCAUUAUCAUAAUUGGCAUCAUUGGAAACUCCUUUGUCGUCACCAUUGUUGCGAUGAUCAACAGCAUGAAAACAACGACGAAYCUUCUCCUUGUUAACGUGGCAAUUGCAGACAUCAUCAUGUUAAUGCUUACUGCUAUACACAUGAUACUAUCAAGGACAAUUCCCUUUGAUAACAGCUUCCUUUGUAAAGUCAUUGAGCCUAACACUUUAUCAAACGUUGCUCUUCUAGCAACUAGUCUUAGCCUAACAGUUCUUUCCAUUGAGCGAUAUAACGCCCUGGUAAAACCAAUGAGGAUUUCAAGAAGACUCACACGAGAAAACGUCAUAUUCGUUAUUAUUGGAAUAUGGAUUGUUUCCAUGGCAAUGAAUAUUCCAAUACUGAUCCACAUGGUUUACAAUCCAAUAGCCAAGGCUUGCCUUCCCCGGAAUAACGAUAGCAGUUUUUUGGUAUCGGUGGGUGGCAUCGUCAUGGCAAUGACCAUCAUUCCUUUUCUUAUCAUUGCAUUCUGCUAUUCUCAAAUCAUUUCUGGUUUGUACUUCAGAAACACGAUUUUCAGCUGUAGUCAGACAAACAACCCUGGACUCAGCCGAGAAGACUUAAUUGCAAAGAGAAAACUAGUGAAACUCCUCCUUACAAUAACAAUAGUGUUUUUCAUUGCAUUUGUCCCGUACGGUGUACUCCAGAUAUCAAUCUUUGGUCUUACUGGUGCUCGAAGAAUUAAUCRAAACAUUGUAAACCUUUCCAAUGUAAUUGUGUACCUACUUCCAAUCCAUUCGUCGAUUAAUCCGUUUCUYUACUCGCUACAAAGCAAUAAUUAUAGACAAGGUUUCAAAUUAGUCGUCACCAAGAUAUUUUGUAUUCGAAACCAAGGAUGGAAUGUGGGUGURGGUUCAACCCAACGUCAGAURCCUGUUGUCUCGUACAGGCAAGAUCACGUGGAAAUGUGCGAAUGAUUUAACUACUCUCAAUAAUAAUGGAUAUUGCAGACAAAAUUCUAUGAAUGAAAUAUCAACCUGAUGCCAAGUAACUUUUUUUUUUGACAAGCUACAAGGGCUACAAGCUAUGACACAGUAUAAUUGGGAAGAUAUUCUUAGAAGAUAUGUGCUGGACUUUUUUUCAAUUAAGAAAUAAUUGGCGUUUUAUAAUCGUCUGUAUGUCAAUUUACAGAGCGUUGGCGACUKAAUUCUAGAUUGCUUUUAAUGCACAGCGAUUGGUAUUCCUCCCUAUCAAAGAUUUGCCUACGAAAAACUCCCCUCAAACAGCUGUCAAAGACUAAUAACCAUAACCAUAUUUGGAAUUUUUGCCUUAUUUGGCAACACCUACAAAGUCAGUAAUUGUUGGAGGUGUUUCACUUCAAGUCUGUUUAAAUGACCCGAAAAGUGUUCAGAUAUUCUAAAAAUUGAGUAUGGUGAYCGAGUGAGGUGUCGGUUGGUCUGGAUUCCCUUCGUUUUUGGUGCUCCAUAUUCAACGUAAAAAUAAAUAAACACGAAAGAUGCUGGAAAUAGUGCAUUGGAAUUCAGUACUGAAGAAGGGAUUUGUAUUGAGGUUGAAAUAAUUAAGUCAUCAUACAAAUUUUCGUGGGCACUUACAAUAAAAAUCAUGCGAAAUCGGAACAAUACAAGUACAGACAUAUUUAGCAAGCAUUAAUUUGGAUGUUUUUGUCAAAUAAUUCAGUGUUUUAUUUAUUUGCUUUUUCGCGUAAACUUUUUUUGUGGGUCUAUAAUUUCGCGAUUAAUUCAUUAAAAGAGUGACUAGUGAAAAUUAAGARCUAAUGAGGCAUUAUAUAAUUUUCUUUUCCAUUCAUAUUAGACAUCUUUUCUUCAAGUGACAGGACUGUAUUUUGUUAUUUAAAAGGAAUUCAUGCAUUCGUGAAUUUAGAAACUACUUAGAGAUUCAAGGAUGAAAUAUUUCAUAUUUGUAGGGUGCACAGUUGAAAUGAGCAUUUCGGCUUGACGGGCCGAUGUUUAGGUGUUUUACUGCAUUGCGUGAUCGCUUGUAAGAAUCGUGCUGGAAAGUAAUUACGAUAUAUUAUUAAAGCGCUUUAUAAGAUUAUUUUAAUUAUUUUAGUCAUUUUGGAAUCGGACAAACUGAUCACGCUAUGAUAAAAACAGUGCACGAGACUGAUUCCUACUGAUUAUCUUAUAUUAUGACUCAAUAUUGCAAUCAAUAGGUCUUAGUCUGAAUCUUGAACAUGUAAAUAAAUGUAUAGUAUCUUUUCUGCAUGCCACUUGCARCAGUGGCUUUUGCUUUAUAUGACACUCCGGUGAYAUCSGUUUGAAMAAAAUUCAAUYGAAUAGUUAARUUGGCGAACUACGUUGCUUGUGUAAAAUAUAUAUAUGGGUUUWGUUUAGACUAAUAAUUGUAUAAAAUAUUUAUAGAAUCUAUAGACACAAGCAAUCACGACAAGGUUGCGAGUUGAAGGUUGCAGGGGUGGAUCCAGGAUUUUCCUCAGGGAGGGGUGCGGGGCACUGAAUAUUACUUAAACGGAGUUAGAGUGAAACGUUCUACUUUUCUUUUUUCGAAUGCUGGGUCGUUCUUUGAAGGUUGGACUGAAAAUACUGAGCUUUGUAUUCUUGUAUAAAGGUUAAUGUCUUUGUGUAGGGGGUGGACCCCACAAAAAAAUCAUUAUCAUGAAGAUACAAAAUAAGGAAAGUAUUGAAGGAUACAGAUCUCGGGGUUGGCCAGUUGAAUUGAAAAAGGCACUAGUUAACAUUAGAUCGUAAAUAUAAUUGUGAACUUGGUAGAAAAAGGUGUGAUAUUUCAAAGCAUAAAAUAUUUGAAACAUAAAUUCGCUUUUUAAUGGUCUUUAAUUGGUUAAUGUUACAGCCAUAGCUUUAGAAUAUUCUUUUUUACGACUGACAAAAACAUUGUUUAUACGGAGAUACUGCAAGAACAAUGGUCGCUUUGAUCUUGCGCAUUGUAAUACACGUUGGUUAGUCCUUUGUCUGAGAACCAGAACGACUGAUGUCGACYAAUACUGAAAGGUUUCUAAAUUAUACCAUUUUCUCUUAUUUUUGUAUUAAGAAAAAAAUACGAAACUAUAUAGCUAUGCACAGAAAUGUGCAAACCAAAAAUAAUACUCCAGAUUCGAGUUCUCUGUGCUCUGUGUUUUCAAUUUUGCAAAAUGUCACCAGAUUUAAUCAUUAUAACACCCGUGAAAUUUCAAAUCAUUUAAUUUUUUCACAAAUUUCRCGGAUUUUCAAGGUCUGAGAAACAAAACUAUAAAUUUGUUGGUUUUGAGGUUAACACAGAGCAAAAAAGAAAUCGGAACUGAAGUAUUAGUAUAAUUCAGGAAACGUUGAAUACAGCUGAAGAUAGUGUAUUCCACAACCGAAAUGCAUUGUUGGUCGUACAGCCAAAAACUCCAACGUUAAGCGAUCAAACUUAGAAUUACAACGCAGCUACAAAAGAGGUUUUUAACUGUAACAAUGCGGUUUUGGAAUACAUGUGAAUAGUGCACUAUUCUGUAUGCAAUAUUCAACGCUGUAUAACCUUAUACAUAACAGAUCAAAACAGAAACAAUAAAACAACCCGGUUCUUAUAAACUUACCAAAAUGGCGACUGCCUGAUACUUGGGAUGCAUGAGGUUGGGUAGAUUACCCGUCCACUUGUAUCCUUUGAUUUUAAAACUCGUCCCCUAAAACU